AUGUUCCGUCGGUACAAGACCAAGAACCCAUAUGAGCUCUUCCACGGAAACCUGGUCAUCGUCAACGAGCUACCCGGCAAGCUCUUAGACAUGUUUCCUCAGAAGACGGAAAGAGAGUUCAAGGUUAUGCGGUACACCUCAGCGACGUGUGGUCCCAAUGACUUCAAAGCAGACGGAGACACCCUUCAUCCGGUCAUGUACGAGCCAGCGUGUAAGACGGAACUGUUCAUUGUAACGACCAUGUACAAAGUAGACGAGGAACUACUCUGCCUAUCCAGGUCCGAUGUGGGGAAAAGAAGGUUGGAAAAGGUUGCCGUCUGCAUCGUCUCCGAUCGAUAUCAAAUGAUCAACUCGCGUACCUUGUCCGUUGUUCCUACCAUGACCGCCUACCAAGACGGUGUUGCAAAGCAUGGCGUCAACAACAAGCCAGUAACGGCACACACUUAUGAGUAUACCGACGACCGAGAAGCCGACUGA